AUGUUUCCUCAUUCAAAUCCAGCUCGCCCUCAUGAUGAGCUGUACAUGGCCAACACUAUCUCCCAAGACCUGAGCAAAGACGCCUCACAAGAGCAACUGAUUCCUGCUUCGUUUGGAGGGAGAUUUCCUCCCCCUAUUGAUGAUACAUAUUACAUUCCAAAUGCUAGAACGAAGCAAGAAAACCACAAUAACCAGGACUACUCAUUCCAACUGAUGCUGCAAGAACGGGAGAAUGUCGCUCGACGAAACAGCAGCGCAUACCAAAGGCCAGUAGAGCCUAGCCUCCCUGUUCCUUCAUUUGGGCCAUCGGUACUCAACAACCAAAACAUACCAGGUCCUUUUCCACCAGGUCCUGUGCCUUAUCAAUAUGCCCAAAGCCUGGUGCAUCCUACCAAUGCCCCUUACCCUCCUCCAGGCCCUCCUCGAGGGCCUCAGGUUCCCAGUACACCGUCUGUGGAGUCAUACGAUAUGAACCCACAGUACCCAAACACCGUUCGCUCAGACACGUACACUCCUCCCAGUCAAGGAAGUGUCUCUUUAUCAGAGGCCAAUGACCUCAAGGCCCAAAUUGCCGCCCUUCGAGACAAGGUCCGGGAGCUAGAAGGAAAACCCGCCCUGCCCAUAGCCUCAAAGUAUCAGGUCCUUUAUCGGAUUGAGAAAGAUAGCACCUAUGGCGUGGACGAUAGUGACGAUGAAUUCGGCCCUAGUAGGCCCAGACGACACAGGUCUCAGGCUAGGUCCCAAACCAGGUCUCCAUGGAUGGGCGUUUAUACCGACCCCCCUGAGCUUAUCCAUCGAAGCAUGGGUGCGCCAUAUUUACGCUGCAAUGAUCCGCUGAUCAACUUCGAGCUGUACCUCGCCCUCAAUAAAGACAUAUCCUUUGUAGUUUUUCGGAACUACAGAAGAAGGUUUGAGCGGCAGUCAUCGGACACAAAGUAUGGCAAGCCAGAACCAUUCAGCGAGAACAUUUUCCCAGUGUCUGAAGAUCUCAAAUAUGUGGUCGCAGACUUUCUCGGGGGUAAAGAGUUCCAAUCCAUGCAGAACGACUACCGGGAAAGGGGAGAGGUCCAGUCGCCUUACCUCUUUGUUUACCAUAAUCGGGGUGCCGGAGAAUCCGAAAUCAAACGAGGACUGAGCUCUGAAGCGCAAAGACAAUUUGAUCUCUUCAUGGACUACGUCCAGGAGACUUGCGGCAAUGAGUACACUGCAGCAGACCUGCUUUUUGAAAAAGGCAAAAUUCGCCCCGAAUACGUUCAAUACCUCUUCAAGCCUAACCAAGUCCUGAUUUCGACACAAAACAAGGAGCAUAUAGGUUAUGUAGCCAGGGACUGGCCAUCUCAAGCCUUAGACGUUUAUGGAACCAGCAAUGUUUGUUGGUGGAUCGAUGCCCAGACCUGGGACUUUGAUGGCGACUUCUAUAAAUACCGGACAAGGCUCAGUUUUGAGAUGCCAAAGUCACAGCGUGUUAUGGAGAUGCCAUCGUCGCCGGAAGCGGAUUAUUCUCUACCCAACAGUGACCCGGACAAAGAGUGUGAUAUCACCGAUCUUGCAGUAUUCCCAAUCAAGUAUGCCCCUGAGUAUCUCGUCCGGAAGCUUCAGCGCCGCGGGGAGAUUUUCUGGACAUUCCGCACACAGAAGUAUGUGUCCUAUCAGGCGACCGAGGAAGAGAACUUCCAGACCAUGGCCGACGACCGAUACAUCAUAGACAUGAAGACAUACAAGAGACUGCAUCCAGUCCCGACCGGAUAUUUGCGAGACGGCCCACGCAAUAAGACACUCGACGAUCGAGCCAUGGCUAGAGCACAACCCCCACCAGAGCCAUUCAACAUGUUGAUGCCUCCGAGGGUGACUGGCUUCAACCUUCGGCGCAAGAAAUGGUUCCAUCUGUCAGUCGACCGCAUCUCGCAUGUCGAAUGGAACAAAGACGCCUUCAAGAGUCUUGCUAUCGACUCCAAAUCCAGAGACCUUAUUGAAGCACUGGUGACCAACUACGUCAAGCCCGAGUACUCUGCCGAUCUGAUCGCCGGCAAAGGCAAUGGGCUUAUCUUGCUUCUGCACGGCGGGCCAGGGACAGGCAAAACACUGACUGCAGAGAGUGUGGCUGAAAUAGCCGAGAGGCCUCUCUACCGAGUCACAUGUGGCGACGUCGGAACUAAGCCAGAGGAGGUGGAGAAGUACCUGGAAUCCGUGCUCCACCUGGGUAAGAUUUGGAACUGUGUAGUCCUGCUCGAUGAAGCAGACGUUUUCCUCGAGCAGCGCGGUCUAGAAGAUCUGAACAGGAACGCGCUCGUAUCGGCAUUCCUGCGCGUGGUGGAGUAUUUCGAGGGAAUCCUGAUCUUGACCACCAACCGGGUAGGCACCUUCGACGAGGCGUUCAAGUCGCGUAUCCAGCUAGCACUGCACUAUCCCCCGCUCGGCGAGGAGCAAAGACGAAUCAUUUGGAAUACUUUUAUCAAGCGGCUGGAUGGGUUCGAUGAAGACGGUAUUGAUGUUAAGAAUCUUAUGGGGAGCUUGGAUGUGCUUCAAAGGGAGAAGUUGAAUGGUCGGCAAAUUCGGAAUGCCAUCACGACUGCUCGUCAGUACGCGAAAUGGAAAAAAGAGGUCCUCAAGUAUGAUCAUCUCAAGGACGUGAUCGAGGUGUCUGCGAAGUUCGAUGAUCACUUGGAGAACAUCCACCGCGGUGGUCUCAUGCAGUUUUGA